UAAAAUCUCCCCCUUGUCUUUCUAUAAAUGAUGUUUUUUUUUUUUGAUAUAGUUGUGGUCCUAUAAUGAAGGUAGGAGUAUUGACUUUGAAAAUUAAGUCUGUAUUUUCGAGUUCAUUACACCCGGUUAGCAUUAGGUCUCUUACAACGCACUUCAUCGAUCUUACCAAAGAGAUUACCUCAGUAAACGCAACAGAUCAGUAACGUAUAUGAACUUUAUGGAAAUUUGUUGUGGUUAAGUUGCAAAAUUCUUCCAUUUUGAGGAAAAACAUAUCUUAAUCGAUUGCGUGAUUCUUUCAAAAUAGUUUUCCUUCGCUACGGUUGCUGGAAGUUACAUCUAAGCUGAACAUUUAGCAAUCUUCCACUAAUAAACAGGGUAUGAAACGUUUUGAGGAAAGAGUUCUAUACCAAAAAUAACUUCUCUAUCAAACUCAAGUUUUUAAAUAAAGAACGUUAAGUUUUCUAAAAGUUUCAAAUCAGCGAGUGGAUCAUGUUCAUUCCAGUAGUUAUGAAAUUAACAAAAGACAAUAAUACGUCAAAACACUGUCCGCACACACUUUAAAAACUAUUUUGAAAAUGUCUGUAAUAAUAACUCACACAAUUCGUUACACACCUUGGAGAUGUCAUAAACUUCAAACGAUACGAAAAGAAAUAAUUUUAAUAGCAAAAGAGACAUUAAAAACGAAAGCUUUGCAAGCAAUACCCGUCGAAGAAUAUCCCAAUAUAAGCCCGGCUAUUGCAAAUAAAAUGUCGAAGAUUUCAAGAAACCUCUAUAAAGGUCAAUCUCUAGCGGUUUUUACAAGUGGCGGCGAUGCAUGUGGCAUGAAUGGCGCGGUGCGCGCCUGCGUACGUAUGUCCAUCUAUUUGGGCUGUCAGCCCUUCAUGAUACGUGAGGGUUAUCAAGGUAUGGUGCAGGGCGGCGAUCAAUUCAUUAAAGCGACAUGGGCGUCUGUGUCCUCUAUUAUACAUGUGGGUGGUACAAUAAUUGGUUCGGCACGUUGCAAGGAAUUUAUGGAACGCGAGGGACGUAAGAAAGCCGCCUACAAUUUAGUGCAAAGAGAAAUAAACCGCUUGAUUGUAAUUGGCGGUGAUGGUUCAUUAACCGGCGCGAAUAUAUUUCGACAGGAAUGGAGUGGGCUGCUGGACGAUUUGGUUGCGUCGGGUCAAAUAACACAACAACAGCGAGAAAAAUGUAAAGAUUUACAUAUUGUGGGCGUGGUGGGUUCCAUUGAUAAUGAUUUCUGUGGCACGGAUUUAACUAUUGGUGCGGACUCGGCCCUGCAUCGCAUCACAGAAGCUAUCGACUCAAUUACGAGUACGGCGUACUCGCAUAAACGAAUCUUUAUUAUGGAGGUUAUGGGACGUCAUUGCGGCUAUUUAGCAAUGGUCUCUGGCAUAAUAUCGGAAGCCGAUUAUGUAUUUUGUCCCGAGGCACCACCGCCAUUGGAUUGGCAUACACGGUUAUGUUCCAAGCUUCAGAAGGAACGAGAGUGUGGACAACGUCUCAACAUCAUCAUUGUGGCCGAAGGUGCGAAUGAUAUGAACGGCGAACCGAUUUCUGCGCAGAUGGUGAAAAAAGUUAUUUUCGAAAAACUGGGUUGGGACAGUCGCAUCACGGUACUCGGCCAUGUGCAGCGCGGCGGCGCAACGAGCGCAUAUGAUCGUAUUUUAGCUUGUCGCAUGGGCGCCGAAGCAACCAUCGCGGUAUUAGAAUCCACCACAAACACAACGCCAAUCGUUGUUGUUUUGGUUAACAAUCGAAUUGAGCGGAUUCCGCUCAUGGGAGCUGUGGAGCAAACACAGGCAGUGAAUAAAGCUUUGGAAAAUAAGGAUUGGCCGAGAGCAAUUGCUUUACGUGGCGUGGCGUUUCAGUCGAAUCUGCAAGCUUUGAAGCUGUUAUCACAAACUAAAACGCCAAAAUCGAAGGAAGGUGGCUGCUCUGUCAAUAGCCCUUUCAAUGUGGCCGUCAUGCAUGUCGGUUCGCCGGCUUGUGGCAUCAAUGCGGCCACACGAAGUUUGGUGCGCACCAUUAUUUAUAACGGUGAUUCAGUGUUUGGUGUUAACAACGGUGUGCUGGGGCUUGCAGCUGGCGAACUGAAACCAUUAACCUGGGGCGAUGUUAUCGGUUGGUGCGGUCAAGGGGGCGCUUUUCUCGGCAUGAAUCGUUUUACACCAGAGGGUAAAUAUGCAGACAUCGCAAGCCAAUUGCGUGAAUUUAAGAUUCACGCAUUAGUGGUUAUCGGCGGUUUCGAAGCCUAUCGUACCGUCGUGUCCUUGACACUGGAGCGUGCAAAUUACUUGGAAUUCUGCAUACCAAUGGCUGUAAUACCAUCCAGCAUUUCCAACAAUAUACCCGGUACCGAGUAUAGUAUCGGCGCGGACACAAGUCUAAAUGAGAUCACGAAAAUCUGUGACUUGAUACGCGAUUCGGCGCGUGGCUACAAGAAAAGAGUCUUCAUUAUCGAGACAAUGGGCGGACAUUGCGGCUAUUUAGCCACCAUGGCAGCUAUGGCCGGGGGCGCCGAUUCGGCCUACAUCUUCGAGGAAAAAUUCAACGUGCAUGAUAUACAACGCGACUGUUAUAAUAUGAUUGCGAAAAUGAAUGGCGGCAUUGAUCGUGGACUUGUGUUGCGCAGUGAAGGUGCCAAUAAGAAUUAUACCUCAAAUUUCAUCGAACGCCUGUAUGAAGAAGAGUCAAAGGGGUUGUUUAGCUGUCGCACGAACAUCUUAGGUCACGCCCAGCAGGGUGGCAGACCUACACCAUUCGAUCGUUGCUUGGCUACGGAGAUGGGCAUUGCCUGUGUUCAAUUUAUACGCGACCAAAUGAAAAAAGCAGUCCAACCAAAUGGUACCGUCUUGGCGACAACUAAAGGCUCUUCAUGCAUGUUGGGCUUAAUGGGUCCGGAAUAUAAACUAACGCCAGUGGAGGAUCUAGCUCCUCAAACGGAGUUUCACCUACGCAUACCAAAGGUACAAUGGUGGUUACAAUUACGACCAUUACUAAGAAUUCUCUCGAUACACGAUUCGGCCUAUGCCGAUAAUUUUCCAGCUACAACAACAACAUCACUUCAACAACCUGUGGACAUCAAUUGUACUGUUAAUUAAGCUGGGUACUCCCGGAUAUUACUACAAUAUAAUUCUUUACUCUACCUCGAAAAUGCAACUGAUAUUAUUUGCUACUAAAUAUUGAACCAAAAUAAAUUGAAUUUAUUUACUUGAAGAGUA